AUGAGAUCGUCCCGUGUACUACUUUGGCUAUGGCUCGCGGUCUCGCAGCAACCAAGCCCGAUUUUCGGUUAUGACGGCAGCGAAGGUGACGCGCAGGUUCGCGAUCGUGUCUGCGACUCGGAUUCAUGUCACGAGCAGAGCCAUUUGGGAGUUCUCGACACAGGCGGCGACUUCCCCCUCGCCGACGGGGCCGUGCCGGAUGGACUGGGCGAUUCCGAGGAGAUUCGCGUCCGAUAUGGAACAAAUCUCAAAUCAGAAGAUGGGCUGUGGGAGGUUCGCCCCUCGCCAGGUAAGGGCCUCGGCAUCUUUGCACGGCGCAAGAUUCCCAAGGGCACGCGCAUCAUCGACGAGACGCCGCUCUUCACGGUCGACCCGGGGAGUCUGGUGAGCGGGCAGGGGUUUGCCUUCGAUGCGAUCGCGACGGCCGUCGACAGGGCCUUUGAGACGCUCAACGCGACGGCGCGGGCGGCGUAUCUGUCGUGCCCGGAGCACCGCGAGAUGGACGACGCGGCGUUCAGCCGGGAGGCGCUCAUUUUCCGGACGAACGGGUUCACGAUGGCUGGCGGGACUAUCGGCAUCUUUCCGCGCAUCGCGAAGCUCAACCACGCGUGCACGCCGAACUCUGCAAGCGUGUCCGUCGACGGGAGGAGGAUCAUCUGGGCCGGAAGAGACAUCGCGGCCGACGAGGAGGUGACGGUCACGUAUGCGCCGCUCACGGAGACGACGGAGGCGAGGAGGGCUAGGCUUGCGCAGUGGGGAUUCGAAUGCAGUUGCCAGUCUUGCUCGGCGAGGGACGAGGGCGCAGGAGCUGCCGACGAUUUGAAGAGAGUGGAGAUGAAGAGGUUGAUGGGGUUGAUUGAGCGGGAGCUUGGGAGCGACUCAUUUGGAGGAGACGUGUCGCCUUAUGCGGAGAAGCUGGUGAAGCUUGUGGAGGAGGUCGGCCUGGUGGACUACCUCAGCAAGGCGUACAAAUAUGCUGCGUAUGCCGCGUCACGAGCUGGGAAGUACGGCGCGGCGAGGAAGUGGGCGAAGAAGGAGUUGAAGAUCCAUGAGAUUGCGGACGCGGAGUCGGUCUAUGCCAAGGACACCAAGACCUUCAUAGACUCACUUCCCCUGUUCUGA